GAGCCUCCGUCGGUAAACUCCAAGCGACCGCACCGCACCUCAGCUCCCACUUGAUUCGGCCGCUCACUACUCAGUAGCCGCCGCGAACCUCCUUCCAGCGAAGAAGAACGGCAGCCGCUGGUUCCACCGGAGAACGGUAGACAGCGAGUCGCACUUCCCCCGCCGACGCGUUGAUUGGAUUGGUGAUCCAUCCCAAUUUAGGGCUGUUUUCUUCCGUUGGGUUCGGUGUAAGGAGAGGAGCCGGAAAUGUUCUACUCGCAGUUCAUUUUGGCCAAGAAGGGGCCCCUCGGGACAAUAUGGAUUGCUGCGCACUUGGAGCGGAAGCUGCGCAAGAACCAGGUCGCGGACACGGACAUCGGCGUCUCUGUAGAUUCAAUUAUAUUCCCUGACGUUCCAAUUGCACUUCGGUUAUCAAGCCAUCUUAUGUUAGGCGUUGUCAGAAUCUAUUCUCGGAAGGUCAACUACCUAUUCCAUGACUGCAGUGAAGCUUUGCUGAAGAUAAAACAAGCCUUCAGGUCCACUGCUGUUGAUCUACCCCCUGAGGAGUCAACUGCUCCUUAUCACUCUAUAACACUACCGGAGACAUUCCAUCUUGAUGAUUUUGAACUACCAGAAGCUGCGUUUCAAGGUGACAUUGAUCAUCAUGUAAGCACAAAAGAACAGAUCACCUUGCAAGACAACCCAGAGAGAACAGGGUAUUCAACAUCCCAGUUUGGCCUAGACGAAAGAUUUGGUGAUGGCAAUUCUUCACAUAUUGGCUUGGAUUUGGAUGAGGAAUUAAUGCUGAACAAGGAUCACUCUAUUCAUCUUGAGUCUGAUGAUGGCAUUAUCAUUCAAGGCCGACCGUUGGUUCCUUCAAUUGAUAUGGACGUUGAUGAUAACCAAAGUAAAGAUGAAGUUGCUGAAGGAUACAGCAACAUGGAUGAUGGACCUUCUAGUCACAGAAAGCUAAGUCCUCCAAUUGCAGAUGUUAUAGGAGGAAACAAUUUUCCUAACUGGAAUGGUUACAAUGUACAGACCCCAGAUUUGAAUGAUAUGCUAUUGCAGAAUGAAAGUAUUGUGGGGCCGUCAGCUUCAUACUAUCAACCUAGCCCCUUCCCUUGUGAUGAACCUGCAUCACCAGAGUUUGUAAGUGCUCAGGCCCCAGCUACACCUGGUUUAAUGGAAGAGACAGUUCCUUCCAGAGUCCAUGAAAGUCCUGUUCUGAGUCCACAGAGAAAAGCUUCACCGUCAAUCAAUGAUGAAACUGCAAAGGCUGAUACUCCUGCUGCUCCAGCUUCAGAUUUUCUUCAUCCAACCACAGCAAAUGCCAGUGAUGUGGGUGCUGAGAUGACUGAACAUGCAUUGGCAAAGCCUGUGCAAGUUGAGUCUUCUGUUGUUUUGCAGGACAUUGAUUCAUUGAGGCAACAAUGCACAAUUGAGGAUUUGCCUCCCCAGUGUCAAACAUCAAACUUGGAAGCUUCUGUUGAUAAGUUGGCCAUCAGUACUGAUGACAUGACUGCAUCUGGGGAACCGAUAAUUGCUAAAACGACCAGGGAAGAUGUACCUUGGGUUGAUCCAGAGCCAUCUGUGAUGGAGAACCCAGCACAGAUUAAUGAGCCAUUGGUUGAUGCGCAAGGGGAUAAUGUGCACGCAACUAAUGCAAUUGUACCAAGUGCAGAUUUCCAACAGAAAGAACAGGCAAUGCAAAAAGAAGUGGCAUCUAAUGUUAGACCAAAUGAACAAUCAACCUCAGAAUUUGCUGAGCCUGAGAAAAUGCUGUCAGCUCCAGAUGAUGAAUUCAAUCAGGCAAAUGACUUGGGGCAGUUAACUGCAGAAAAAGGAAUCGCUGAAUCUGAUGGAAGUAACAAAAUAGGCAGUCUUACUAGCAAAAAAAGACACCUGGAAGAUAGCUUACCAGCUCUAGAAAGUGAGACUACUGAAAAGUUGUCUAGCCGACCACAUGGUAAAAGGACCACCGACUUUGUUCCUGAUGACGAUGAUUUACUGGCUUCUAUUUUAGUUGGUAGAAGGACGCCUGGAUUGACGCUUGGUUCAACACCACUGCCACCAAGGGCCUCAUCUUUGAAACGCCCGAGGUUGGGAUCAAAGAUACCUACACUCAAGAGAAAAGUGCAAUUGGAUGAUGCCAUGGUUCUACAUGCUGAUACUAUACGGCAGCAGUUGAUCAAUACUGAGGAUAUACGACGCAUUCGUAAAAAGGCUCCGUGCACUCGUUCUGAAAUAUGGAUGAUCGAGAAAGGUUCGCUGGAAGAUGAUAUAUUCCGCAAGCCCAUCUUUUCCUGCCUAUCCGAGGAGCUAAACAACUCACACAAUCGGACAUAUGAGAUUGUGGAACUACAAGUGCAACCAGCCAUGUCUGAAACUAUUGUGGAAGAUAUCAAUAAUGUUGGGACCUCUGAUGCAAACGGUAUUGGUACUAUUGAUGACCUGCUUCAUAUUCCAGAUGGAACUCAAUCAGAUGCGGUGCAGCCUGCUGCUGGUGCUACAGCUGCUUUGGGUUUGCAAAUACUUCCUGACAACCAGGUUAACGGUGUAUCUAAUGAUUUUGUUGCCGAUAUUGUGUUUCAAGGAGUCACUGAACCUUUAAUUGAUACUGAGAAAGAAGUGGCACUUGCUGACAGAGCACAUGCUCAAGUUGAUACACUGGAUAAUGAUCAUCUUCAAGAUGUUCCAUCUGAUUUGCAACAUAGUACUGAUACAAAAGUGUCAAGUCCAGAUGUGGUUCGAGAUAGCUCUGGCCAAGAUUAUGCACAAGCAGCAGACAAUAUGACAGGGGAUUUUAAUCAUUUUGUUCAUAGUGAUGUUAAUGUGAUUGAGAAUAAUGAGGUUCCUACUUCUGAGAUUACCGGGGUGGAAUGUAAUCAAGAUGCUGCUGGUUUGGCUCCGCCAACAGAGGAUGAGAACACUUUGUCUGCUAUGGGAGAUAAUUCUGGCUUGCAAGAAAACAACAUGGGACCUCUUAUGGAUCUGGAUAUGGUGCAUGACUUUGCACUGAAGGAAUGCAAUGAUUUUGGAAGUGCAAUUCAUGGUGUUGAUACAGAUUUUCUGAACUAUGAUGAUGAUGGGGACUAUGAUGACGCAAAUAAUGAUGAGCCAAAUCCUGAUGAAUUCCAGUCUCUUGACAACAGUGGCUGGUCUUCUCGCACAAGGGGUGUUGCAAAAUAUCUCAAGACUUUAUUUGAUGAAGAAUCUGGUCUAGGGAGAAAGAGUGUAGCAAUUGAUCGUCUGCUAAGUGGAAAGACUCGGAAGGAAGCAUCAAGAAUGUUCUUUGAGACUUUGGUCCUGACGACGAAGGACUACAUUAAUGUGGAGCAACCAAGCCCGUUUGAUUUUGUCAGCAUAAAGCCAGGACCAAAGCUCCUGAAGUCAGAUUUCUAGAUCAAAGUCAGCAAGCUUGGCGUGAUACAUACAUAUCUGUCACAUUACCAACAAAUGCAGAUGCCGCCAUCGUUGUAACAUCCAUCCUUGUUUGUUGUUAAGUUAUCCCCUCAGUAGCAUCUCCCGCGCUUAUCUGUUGCUAGGAUCGUGUUGUACCUUGGCUAUUCGUUGUAUAUAUGUUUAGCUCCUGUAAAGUGUGUCGUGUAAUCUGGUAGCAUCAGAUCUAAGUUACAUAUUGUUGUUUCGUUUAGUAAGCCUUAGGAAUUGUAUACCUGCGAUGAUGAUGUACCUGUUGAUUUAUGUCAAGCCGAAUAUCAAUUGUUCCAA